AUGUCGAAAGCCGAAGCGAAAGAGGACGGCGGGCUCACCCCCGUCAAGCGCGUGUGGUAUCGCUCGCCGUUUCUAGCAGCGGUCAUUCUCGGCCUGUGCAACUUUUGUGCCCCCGGCCUAUGGGGCGCGAUGAACAGCCUCGGCGCAGGCGGCCAGCAGACGCCGUGGCUCAUCAACGCGGGCAACGCGUUAACCUUCUGCCUGAUGAUCCUGACGGCCUUCCUCAGCAGCACGAUCACCGACCGCGUCGGGGUCAACUUUGCGCUGUUUCUCGGCGGGGUGGGCUUCGCGCCGUACUGCGCCGCGCUGUACUGCAACAACGUGUUCGGGACGCGGUGGUUCGUGCUCCUCGGCGCCGCGACGUGCGGGCUGAGCGCCGGGCUGUUCUGGGGCAUCGAGGCCGCCGUCGCGAUCAGUUAUCCGGAGCGCUACAACAUGGGCAAGUUUCUCGGUAUCUGGCUCAGCUUGUGCACUGCCGGCUCGAUCCUCGGCGGCGCGAUUAAUCUCGGCUUGAACGCCACGAACGACAACGCGGGGGCCGUGAAUCCCAAGGUGUACCUCAUCUUCGUGUCGCUGGCGUCGGCUGGUCCUUUCCUCGCCUUCCUCCUCCCCAAGCCGCACCAAGUCCAGCGCUCAGACGGCAAGGCCGUCCGCCUGUACCGCAACACCCCCCUGCUCACCGAGCUCCUCGUAACCCUCAAGCUGCUCUUCACGCGCGACUACCUCCUCCUCGUCCCGCUCGUCGUGCAGGCCGUCUUCCCCGAGUCGUACACGUUCACUUUUAUCGCGAGCCACUUUACGGUGCGCGCGCGGGCGCUGGGGAGCUUCCUGGCGGCUGUGACGCGUAUCAUUGCGGCCAACCUGCUUGGCCGCUUCCUCGACGCCCGCACCGUCUCGCUCAAGAACCGCGCCCGCUGGACCUUCAUCUUCCUCAUGGCCACCCGUGGCGGAUGGUGGAUCUGGUCUACGAUCCUCAGCGUCCACUUCCCCACCACCGAGCCGAUCGACUGGAACUCGCCAUACUUUGGCCGCACGUUCGCGCUGUACAUCUUCCUCAACAUCACCUUCCAGACGCACUACCUGUUCCUGUACUUCCUCAUCAAGAACUUCGUGCGCCGCGUGGACGACGAGACGCGUGCUGCUGGUCUCCUGCGCGCCGUCGAGUCGGCUUCCCAAGCCGUCGCGUACGGCACCUCCUCGGUCCGCUCGUUCGCCCUCCUCGGCUCGAGCUCGCUCAACUUUGGACUGUGGGGCAUCUCGAUCAUCCCCGCGUGGCUGGUCGUGCGGCGUAUCGGCGUGGAUUACUUUGGCGCCGAGGACGCAGACGACAACGAGGAGGAGGUGCGCGGUGUGGUCGAGGACCACCGGGUUGCCGAGCUGGAGAAGUAG